GAUCGAUCACUUUACGCGAUGGGUGGAAGCCGUACCAAUGAAAGACCAGACAGGCGAGACCGUGGCGCGUGCAUUCGAAUUCAACGUGCCAGCGAGGUAUGGGAUACCACAAUAUGUUAUUACGGAUCAGGGUCCAUGCUUUGAAUCGAAGGCAUUUCAAACGUUAUUAAACAAGUGGGGCAUCGAGAGACGGCGUACAUCACCCUACCAUCCUCAAACCAAUGGAAUGACGGAGCGAUUCAACCGAACCAUGAAGGAAUGGAUAACGUGCACAAAGUUGGCGUGGGAGGAUGCCUUACCUGAGGUUCUGCUGUCGUAUCGUGCCAGCAUGCAGUCAACCACCAAGGUUUCGCCAUUUGAGCUACAGUUUGGUAGAGAGCCCCGAAUUGCACUCGAUACAUGUAUAUCGGAGGUGUGUGAACAGCAACAUCCAGCACCACAUCACAAAAGAUUGCAGGAUAUGGCCAGAAGAGGAACGAGAUCACGGCAACAACGGAACAAGCUAAACUACGACGCCCGAUAUGCGACUCACAAGUGGAGACCAUUCAACACCGGAGAUCAAGUCAAGGUGCGCAAGCAUGAUCAUCCAAUACACAGAGGGCCCGGGGCAAGCAAGUUCAAAGAACGCUGGCAAGGUCCCUACACUGUAGUUG